AUGGCUCCAGCACUUACGGCCACUGAAUACAUCUAUGAAGGUGUUUGGGUAAAUUGGAGUCGUGGUAAGGUCCUGGGCUCGACACUCACAUCUGUUCUACGCAAUACUUCCUCAGAUCUUAAUGCGAUAUGGCGCUUCCUGCGCUUGGCCGUUGCGUGGAGGCAUCAGAGAGACGCGAAGGUGCUAAAGUCCCUGUUACCACUCAUAAUAUGGACAUCACUACAUCUUGUUUUGGUCGUCACUGUUGGUCUCCUGUCCUCGUGGCUGCUGGAGGCCAACGACGAAGUUUUGUCACAGAGUCCGUGGUGUGGCACAUUUGAUAGAACAUACUGGAACCAGGUCUUUGCCAACAACGAAACAGACCUGAAGGCUGUGGCAUUGAUGAAAGAGUAUAGCAGCUAUACAGACUCCAGAUACGCCACGGUUCAGCAAUCUCUCGAUAUGUGCCAGGGAGCUGCAGAGAACUGCAAGAAUCCUAGGAAGAAAAGUCUAGCGUGGAACUCAUCUUUCAUCUCUGACAUUUGUCCCAUCGAUGAUUCCAUGUGUCAAGCAGCCACCAAGGGAAGCAUGUCCUUCGACACAGGGUUCCUCUCCUCACACAAAGACCUUGGCUAUAAUGCUAGAAGUGAAGAUCGUGUUUCUAUCCGUCUGACUGCACAAUGCGCACCACUUGAAGCUGCAGACUAUGUCACCGAUUGGCAGGACGUUCCAUCUACCUCCAAUUCACAAGCUCGACAGGUUGUUGAUGCACAUUAUGGACCAGGUAGGUCGAACAAGAGGAACAGUACCUACAGUUUGACGAAAGGAGAGUUGGAGUGUGAUGAGAGAGUGCUCGCUCAGCCCUAUUCAUUGGUUCCUUUCAUCGCAUUACCUGGAGGAAAUCCCAAACAACUGUCAGCCACGUUCACUCCAAUCCCCGAACUUCGACCUACAGAUCGUGACCUAACACUCGUUCUUAUGUCUUUUAACAAUGUCUACGAAGACCCAGUGGUUGAUCCGUGGUUCUCGGCACAAAGAAAAAUCAACGUAUCGACUGGAUUUUGUCUUUCAAAGAACACAACUGUAUAUGCUCCAGAUCAUGCUCUUGCACCUAUGAGCUGUACGCAGCAAUGGCAGAUCUGCAACAAUGACGGGCUAAAAACUCCAGAUCUGGAGAAUUGUACUUCAUUACAAGGCGUUGCUCAGGUCAACUCAACUAUGUAUAGCUCAUUUGGUAGCACCAAGUUCACACCACGUCAGUUAGCCACAACUCAACGCCUCGUACGUGCAGCAUACGCAAGCACGUUUUACUAUGUCAUCUACGCACUUUCUCAAUCAACCUCACCUCCUUUGAAAGCUCGGAACUUGAUAUCUUACAACAUCGGUCCUGCACUGCCACCCACUCAGUGGCAGACAGAGACACAGUACUGGAUGGAACUCGUCCUUGCAUAUUUUCAGCAAGCCAAUCUCGACUACAGUACCGGCCAAUUCGCAGCCUCAACAUCAUAUGUCAAUGUCACCCACGCUUCGACCGCUAACUCUAGUGCUGCCUUGGGUCAGAAUGCAGCACAUUGGUUAUGCCAGUCUCAAAUCAUCCACUCAAGCAAUUACCGCAACUUCAACUUCUUUGCCCUGUUGUUGACCGUCAUCCUGUGCACAGUCAUCAUCGUCGUUGGUCUCACGAUAGAAGAUCUGACAGGCUGCGUACGUCAACGCAACCUCCGAUACUCUGGCUCAAACGGGAAGCAAGACAUGUGGAUCGCAAAUUCCGAUCUAGACAUGCUGCGCAGGGUCGACGAGCUGAAGAAUGGAUCAGCGUGGACCUUAUCACGCAAUGGCGUGCCUUUGACGCAUGUGAGCAACACAGUGAGCAUCAAUGAUUUGAUGAGCGAUGGCAACGAAGUCGAGAAGGGCACGGGAUUCGUUGUGCCUGCUGUCAAGCGGGAAAGGGAGGCUCGAAACAAAUUACGAUCUAGUCCUUACAAGCAUAUCCACGACUCAGAACACAAACGAUGCGCGACAUGCAGCACUUUUGAGAUUUCGCCAAGUGGCAGUAGACCACAGAUGUCGAGGACUGGGACUUCCACAGAGGAUGAAAGCAAUGGGAUGACUUUCCACAACACGUUUAGAAGAGACUUUGUCCAUGGUGUUCACUAUGAGGACGAUGUCAACAGGUCUGGUGUUCCAACUUAUACAACAACAUCAUAUACUGCGCUGCCCAACAGCUUCAGAUGA